AUGGUGAAAUAUUUGUUGCUGAUUGUCUUGAACACAAUCGUGAUCAUUCUUCCUCCAACCAUUUCAGAUGAUCGGGUACCAAUUCCUCAAGACCGAACCCAAGUGCAGAGGUGGUUCAAACACAACGUAAAACCUCUAGCCACUCGAAAAGGGACGUUAGAUCCCGCCCUAGAGGCCGCCGAGGCCAAUCCCAGGGUAAUACGAGUUAUGAAGGAGGGAGGUGGCGAUUUUAGGACCAUCAAUGAAGCUGUCCGGACCAUCCCGAUUAAAAACGAGCAAAGGGUUAUUGUGUUUAUUGGACCAGGUGUGUAUUCGGAGAAGAUUAAGAUGGAGAGGGGGAAAAAGUUCGUUACUUUUAUUGGUGAUCACGCACAUAUGCCCACGUUGACGUUUAACGGGAAUGCUGCAAAAUAUACGACGGUGGAAAGCGGAACGUUAACAGUCGAUGGCGAUUAUUUCGUCGCGGCUAAUUUGCAUAUUAAGAACUCUAGCCCGAGACCUGAUGGUAAAAUGAAAGGAGCGCAAGCCGCAGCGAUGAGGAUCGGAGGGGACAAGUCUGCGUUCUACAACGUCAGGUUCUACGGGUUUCAGGAUACUUUCUGUGACGAUCACGGCAAGCAUUUCUUCAAGGAUUGCUACAUCGAAGGAACGAUUGAUUUCAUCUUUGGUAAUGCAAAAUCUAUUUAUCUGAACACCGAAAUUCAUUGCAUUCCUGGACAUCUAGAGGCAUGGAUAACGGCACAUGCACGGAAAAAUGCUGAAAUGGACACCGGUUACGUCUUCGUGCACUGCCCUGUUACAGGAACCGGGCAGGGGGCGUUCCUAGGACGAGCGUGGAAGCCGUUUUCCAGAGUGGUGUUUGUUUACUCUGAUUUGGGUCCUGUCGUCAGCCCUAAGGGUUGGAACAGUAACAAUCAUGCUCAAAGGAACCUAUUCUUCGGAGAAUUUGGUAACAUAGGUCCAGGAUCAAAUGUGGCACUGAGGGAACCAUUUGUGAAGCAGCUUAAAAGGAAAGAUAUUGAGCCCUUCAUCAGCCUUGCUUACAUUGAGGGUAGUAAAUGGCUCCUUCCACCUCCAAAGCUCAAGUUUAGGUCGAGGAUCAAAUAG